UUUAUCAUUUCAAAUAGACGAUUGUACCAAGCAGCAAAUGUUAUGCAUGUACUAAAAAAAGGAAAAUGGAGAAGUGGAGAUCAACAACACAUCGUCUACUCAAGCACUCCAACAAACUAUUUGAUCGUCGAUUGAACCCUAAUUUUGAGAAUUCGAACUACUUACCCAUUUCAGGUUUUACGUAUCAUUUUUGUAGAGUUUGGGAACCAUCAAAACCAUUUCUUGUAUAUCAUAAGAGGAAUCUUCAGUCAUAUGCCUAUCCCUUGAGAAACUACAUUGACCUUCUUCAGACUCCAAAGCAAAAAUGUCUUGGGAACUUUUGCAGAAUCCAUAAUCGAUAUUUGGGUUCCUUGGCCACCAAAAAUCAGAGGAACCCCUUGUUUUCGACCAUAAAUUCCGAUGACAUCAGCCAUUUUGAAAAGAUACUAGGGGAGAAAAAUGUAAUUCGGGAUGAAGAGAGGCUGCUUGCUGCAAAUAUGGAUUGGAUGCGGAAAUAUGAAGGCUCAAGUAAGCUUCUGCUCCAACCUAGGAGCACUGAGGAGGUUUCAGAGAUUAUUAAAUACUGUAAUUCCAGAUGCCUUGCUGUUGUUCCUCAAGGUGGAAAUACAGGUCUUGUAGGGGGAAGUGUGCCUGUUUUUGAUGAGGUGAUUAUCAAUAUGGGCAGCAUGAAUAACGUCAUUUCUUUUGACAAGGUCAGUGGUGUACUGGUAUGUGAAGCAGGAUGCAUAUUGGAAAACCUGGUUUCUUUCCUGGAUAACCAAGGAUUCAUUAUGCCCCUUGACUUGGGUGCAAAAGGAAGCUGCCAAAUUGGUGGAAAUGUCUCAACUAACGCUGGUGGUUUGCGCUUGGUCCGUUAUGGAUCACUUCAUGGGAAUGUACUUGGGAUUGAAGCAGUUUUAGCAAAUGGUACUGUGCUUGAUAUGCUUGGGACUCUGCGUAAAGAUAAUACUGGGUAUGACUUGAAGCAUUUGUUCAUAGGAAGUGAAGGGUCCUUGGGAAUUGUGACCAAGGUUUCCAUACUUACUCCUCCAAAGAUGUCUUCAGUACAUCUAGCUUUUCUUGCUUGUAAAGAUUAUAUCAGCUGCCAGAAUCUUUUAUUGGAAGCCAAGAGGAAGCUUGGAGAAAUUCUGUCUGCAUUCGAAUUUUUAGAUAGCCACUCAAUGGACCUGGUUCUGCAUCAUCUAGAUGGUGUUCGGAAUCCAUUGCCUCCCUCAAUGCACAACUUCUAUGUUCUAAUUGAGACAACAGGCAGCGAUGAAGCUUUUGACAAAGAGAAGCUUGAGGCUUUCCUACUUCGCUCAAUGGAGAGUGGUUUGAUCUCAGAUGGUGUUCUCGCACAAGACAUAAACCAAGCAUCAUCAUUUUGGCAUAUACGUGAGGGUAUACCUGAAGCAUUAAUGAAAGCUGGAGCUGUGUACAAAUAUGAUUUAUCAAUCCCUGUUGAGAAGAUGUAUGAUAUUGUCGAGGAAAUGCGAGUACGCCUUGGUAAUGCAGCCAAAGUAAUGGGGUAUGGUCACCUUGGCGAUAGCAACUUGCAUCUUAAUAUAUCGACCCCACAGUAUAAUGAUAGUAUUUUAUCACAAAUUGAACCCUUUGUUUAUGAAUGGACAUCUAAGCACCGUGGAAGUAUCAGUGCUGAGCAUGGCCUUGGACUGAUGAAAGCUAAUAAAAUUCACUACAGCAAGUCACCUGAAACCGUUCAACUUAUGGCUUCCAUCAAGAAGUUGCUGGACCCCAAUGGGAUACUCAACCCUUAUAAAGUGAUUCCCCCUUCCCUCAUAUUUUGAUGUUCAGAUUGAGUGUGGAGAGAGAGUCUGUGGCAGAGGUGUGGCCAGAUGAAAUGUCAGGUAUUGCGAUGGGAACCUCUGAAGGAGUCUUUUGGAAAAGAAGAAAAAGGAUAGUUUCUAGCAUUCUGUGGGGAUGGUGAAAAAAAAAGAAACAAAUUUGUAAGAGGCAGAUGUAUCAAUCAAUAAAGGAGUUGAAAUUGCUACCGCCAGAUUGUAUGUUUAAGCUACUGUAUGAAUAAUAUUUUUGAGAAAGAACCUUUUUCUAAUUAUCA